AUGACUUCUGCACGAUAUUUCUCUCCAGCCUUCGGCAAAAUUGGUAAUGAGUCUGCUGCCGAGAGCGAUACAGAGUGGACUCUCAUCGAUGAGUCCGAAGGAGACGAAGAUAUAGUUUCGCUUCCGAGAUCAGAGCAUAACUCGAGCCCGACAUCCACAGAAAGUGCAGCCUCAGACCAGGAAGCAGGCAGGGAUGACAAGUUGAGAAAUUCGCUCGAGGAGCUGAUGAUGCUGGCUGAGAUCAUGAGCAGGACGGAGCAGGCACUCGCUAGGGAGAGAGACGACGACGACGACGACGACGAUGACGAGGAGGAGGAGGAGGAGGAGAAGGAGGAGCAGUCUAGCUACAGAGAAGAACAGGCUGGUAAUAGGGAUUCAGGCAAGUAG